AUGGUCUCGCUGCUGCCCACCCCGUGCAGCCGGUUCCUCUGGAGCCCGCCAGACCAGUACCGCAGGAUCAAACUCUUACUGGGCACCAGCGUUGGGAUCCUUCUUGGUCUGGGGCUCUGCAAGCUCCUCGUUGUUCCCCUGAACAUCCCGGAGAUGCUCAAGGCACAGAUCUCCUGCGGGGUGGCAGCGGUGACAGCCUUGGGCUGGGCCACCUCCCCCCACUUUCGCUGUGCCAGCCUGCUCCUGGGCCCCAAAUUCCUGGGCAAGGAAGGACGGGUCUUUGUCCUCUCCUUCGUCCUCGCUGCCAUCUACAAUGGGCCCGUGGCAAACGUCUGGCACAACCUGGGGGAGGUGACGCGCUCGAUGGGCUGCGUGACGGAGCUGCAGAUCAACCACAGCCGCCAGCUCUGGCGCAUGUCCACGGCCCCCCUGCGCAGGGCCAUGGAGGACAUGGCGAGGGGCGGGCAGAAGCUGAACUCGGAGACGCAGAGCAUCUCACGGUCCUUCCUGGGGCUGAAUGAAGAGGUGGCCAGUGAGGCGGGCUAUGAGGUGGACCAGGACACAGACCUCGAGAAAGCUGCCAACACCCAGCAGCGUUUUGAGAAGAAAACCAAAAUGCGCUGUAGCUAUCUGAUCGAGCUGGGCAUGCAGCGCUGCCGGGACUGGUUCAACAGGAAACACGAGGACUGCAUGAAUGCUGUGUAUGUUCCCAUCAUCAACAACCUCCUGUGCCUGCCCAUGACGUUCAAGUUCCUCUGCCACAUUGUCAAGCUGAUACAUGGCUGGUGCUUGCAGAGGAUCCCUGUGGAAGGCAAUUUUGGGAAGAUGUACGACAUGGUGAACGACUCUGUCGACAACCUCAGACACCAAUUCACCGCCAGAGUCCACUCCCGGAGGAUGCACCAGGAGAUGUUGAUGGGCAUCAACGUGUCAGCGAAGCAGCUGGUGGAGGAGGUGUCCGGGAACCUGCGGCAUCAAGGUGCCCACCUCGACCGGGCCUUCACCAUCUUCCGCAUGGUGCUCUCCUGCACCUUCCUCCUCAUCUUCCUCUCGGCUUUCUCCUACACCAAGAAGUACUGCAAGGACAUCUGCUUUGACAACCUCUAUGUCACCACCUACUUCCGCCAAAUCGAUGCUCGGCGCAGAAAGCAGCACAAGCGGACGCUGCUGCCCCUGCGCCGGGCAGAGGUCUCGGGUGUCAUCUUCCCGUGCCGCCUGACCAUGCAGUCAGCUGAGAUGAAGAACAUGGUGGUGGAGCUCCUGGAGUGCAUCCCGCCCCUGCUCCUCCUCCUCCUCGCCUGCGGCCUGGACCACACGCUCUUCGUCAUGCUCAGCAUCAUCCAGAAGCACUCUUUCGUCCAGUACUCCUACCACAGCAGCCACCACUUGGCCGUGCAUGUGACGGGGAACUCGCUGAUGGCUCAGCUCCUGCGCAGCACCAUCGGGGCCCUCAACACCUCCUCUAACACCCUUCUGGAGGCGUCCAACUUUGUAUGCCUGCCAGAGCCCCGGGGCAUGACCAGGCAGCAGUACCUGGGCAGCUGCCUGCCCUUCACCUUCCUGGUGCUGCUCUGCCUGGCCCAGGUCUACACGUACCGCCUGCGCCGCGCCAUCGCCGCCUACUACUUCCCCAAGCGGGAGAAGAAGAGGGUGCUCUACCUCUACAACAAACUGCUGCAGCAGAGGUGCAGCUUCAUCCAGCGGCAGCAGAAGCUCAUUGCCCGGCGGGCACGGCAGCCCCCAACACUGGGGGUGUCGGUGCUGGAGUGGUGCUGCCAGCGCUGGCCGUGGUUGCAGCGUUGGAAGCGCCACAACUGCGUGGUGUGUGGGGCCCCCGAGACCCCCCGGUUCCGAAUCUGCCCCCUGACCACCUGUGGUGCUCGGUUCUGCGGCCCGUGCUGGAGGGAGGUCGGUGGUGUGUGCCUGGUCUGCAGACCCAGGGACAGUGACCUCUCCGAGAGCAGCAGCGAGGAGGAGGGGGGGUACGCGGCCUGAGGGCCCCCCAAUAAAAGUUGUGACCCC